GUUUCUGAGUGGGCGAAGCAGCGGUCCCUGGAAACAGUUCCGGGAAACCCCGCGUGCUGCCGGGGUCGCGCCGCCGUCCAUGAGGAGAAGGAGGAGCGCGCGCCAUUUGCCGUCGCUGCUUGGGCCCGAGCUGCGCCGCGCCGGCCCCGCUCCGCAUAAUAAAAUGGCUAAUCAGGUGAAUGGUAAUGCGGUACAGUUAAAAGAAGAGGAAGAACCAAUGGAUACUUCCAGUGUAACUCACACAGAACACUACAAGACACUGAUAGAGGCAGGCCUCCCACAGAAGGUGGCAGAGAGACUUGAUGAAAUAUUUCAGACAGGCUUGGUAGCUUAUGUCGAUCUUGAUGAAAGAGCAAUUGAUGCUCUUAGGGAAUUUAAUGAAGAAGGAGCCCUCUCUGUAUUACAGCAAUUUAAAGAAAGUGACCUGUCGCAUGUACAGAACAAAAGUGCAUUUUUAUGUGGAGUUAUGAAGACCUACAGGCAAAGAGAGAAACAAGGCAGCAAAGUACAGGAAUCAACAAAGGGACCAGAUGAAGCAAAGAUUAAGGCUUUGCUAGAGCGGACUGGUUACACUUUGGAUGUAACUACAGGACAGAGGAAAUAUGGGGGUCCUCCUCCAGAUACUGUAUAUUCUGGUGUUCAGCCUGGCAUUGGAACAGAGGUUUUUGUUGGUAAAAUUCCUCGAGACCUUUAUGAAGAUGAAUUGGUACCACUCUUUGAGAAAGCUGGUCCAAUUUGGGAUCUGCGUCUCAUGAUGGAUCCUCUUUCUGGUCAAAACAGAGGUUAUGCUUUCAUUACCUUUUGUAGUAAAGAUGCAGCACAAGAAGCAGUCAAACUGUGUGACAACUAUGAAAUCCGUCCUGGAAAGCACCUUGGAGUGUGCAUCUCCGUGGCAAACAACAGGUUAUUUGUUGGGUCAAUUCCAAAGAACAAAACUAAGGAAAACAUAUUGGAGGAGUUUGGUAAAGUCACAGAGGGUUUGGUGGAUGUAAUUUUGUAUCAUCAACCUGAUGAUAAAAAGAAGAAUCGUGGAUUCUGCUUCUUGGAAUAUGAGGAUCACAAGUCAGCAGCACAAGCUCGCCGACGCCUGAUGAGCGGGAAAGUAAAAGUCUGGGGAAAUGUUGUUACAGUGGAAUGGGCUGAUCCAGUAGAGGAGCCUGAUCCAGAAGUCAUGGCAAAGGUUAAAGUUUUAUUUGUAAGAAACUUGGCCACUACUGUGACAGAAGAAAUUCUUGAGAAAUCUUUUUCUGAAUUUGGAAAGCUGGAAAGAGUAAAGAAGUUGAAGGAUUAUGCAUUUGUUCAUUUUGAGGACAGAGGUGCAGCAGUGAAGGCUAUGAAUGAAAUGAAUGGGAAAGAGAUAGAAGGGGAAGAAAUUGAAAUAGUAUUAGCAAAGCCACCGGAUAAGAAAAGGAAAGAACGUCAGGCUGCCAGACAGGCCUCCCGGAGCACUGCGUAUGAAGACUAUUAUUACUACCCUCCGCCUCGCAUGCCACCUCCUAUGAGAGGCCGAGGCCGUGGAGGAAGAGGUGGAUAUGGCUAUCCCCCAGAUUACUAUGGCUAUGAAGAUUAUUAUGAUGAUUACUAUGGCUAUGACUAUCAUGACUACCGUGGUGGCUACGAAGAUCCCUAUUACGGCUAUGAUGAUGGCUAUGCUAUAAGAGGAAGAGGAGGAGGAGGAAGGGGUGGGAGAGGUGCCCCUCCACCACCUAGGGGGCGGGGAGCACCACCACCAAGAGGUAGAGCUGGCUACUCACAGAGGGGGGCACCCAUGGGACCGCCGAGAGGAGCCAGGGGGGGGAGAGGGGGCCCUGCGCAGCAGCAGAGAGGACGCGGUGCUCGUGGAGCCAGGGGCAACCGUGGGGGCAACGUAGGAGGCAAGAGAAAGGCAGAUGGGUACAACCAACCUGAUUCCAAGCGCCGUCAGACCAACAACCAGCAGAAUUGGGGCUCCCAACCCAUCGCUCAGCAGCCGCUCCAGCAAGGUGGUGACUAUGCCGGUAACUAUGGUUACAAUAAUGACAACCAGGAAUUUUAUCAGGAUACUUAUGGGCAACAGUGGAAGUAGACAAGUGAGGAGGGAUUGAGAAUAUUGGAAACAUGGAAUUGGCUAUAGCUCUACAUCUUUCAAAAAAAAAAAAAAAAUUGGCUUAAUGUUUCAUCCUUCAGUAGCGAUUGGCUGCCAUUUGUAUUGGGCUGAAGAAUCACUCUAUUGUGUAUAUACUCGAGUCUCUUAGUUUUCUUUUUUCAUAAACGCACUUGGACAUUACUGGGCUUGCAGAAUUCCUGAACUCCUUAUGGGGUUUCAGUGCUUUUAUCAUUUUAGGCUUCACUUUAGCAGUUUAAAAGCAGGAAUGGCACACUGUUCAAUCAUGAUUUUGCAGAACCUCUGGUUUUGGACAGUUUCUUCUUUUUUUUUUUUUUUUGGAUUUGGGAUAGACUACAUAGGAGUAUGCUGUACAUAAAAGUAAAAGCUAGUGCUUUGUCUUAGUAGUUUUAAGAAAUUACAACAAAUUAAGUUUUCUUGUAUUGAAAAUAACAUGAUUGUAUGUUUUGCAUUCCUAGAAGUAGGAUAACUGUGUUUUUAAAUUGUUAUAACUUCACACCUUUUUGAAAAUCUGCCCUACAAAAUUUGUUUGGCUUAAAACGUCAAAGCCGUGGCAAUUUGUUCCUUGAUGUGAUUGUAUUUCCAAUUUCUUGUUCAUGUAAGAUUUCAAUAAAACUCAAAAAUCUAUUCAAAACA